GCUGGCAACCCUGGCUGAUUGAACAAUGUUUAUCAGAUGAUUACCUGCUGGAUGUGGAUUUGGAUGCUCGAAAAUAUCUCAGGCAAGCGGAAAGGACAGCGAUGGCUUGCUAUUAUCGCCAGCACGAGGACACCGCGGUGACGGUUCCGAGGUUCACCAACGAGAACUCCAGCGGUGGGGUGACCUACUACGAUGUGAAAGUUCGGGUUGGAAAGGUGGAGUGGCUGGUGGAGAGGCGCUAUCGCGAUUUCGCUCAGCUCCACGAGAAGCUGGUGGGAGAGAUAUCCAUCAGCAAGAAGCUGCUGCCACCAAAAAAGCUCGUGGGUAACAGACAGCCCGCGUUCUUGGAGCAGCGACGGGAACAGCUGGAAAUAUAUCUACAGGAACUGCUCAUCUACUUCCGAACGGAACUUCCUCGGGCUCUUGCGGAGUUCCUGGAUUUUAACAAGUAUGACAUUAUAUAUUUGCUACAGGAUCUUGCCAAACUCUUUAACGAAAGUGGAGAUACACUGCUCAGCUCCAAAAAGGAGUACAAUCUUUCAGCCCUAGAGGUCUUUGCUAUCAGUGAGCGACUUAGUCUUCCCUGUCCGCCGAGCAUGAAUCACGGUGGAAAAUAUGACUUCUCGCAUGUACUGGACUUUUGCACGCAGCUUGUGGCUUUGGUGGUAACUCCAGUAAAGGACAACGCCAGCUAUGCCCAGGACUACAAUACGGUGGAUGUGCCCAUUGGGCGGAGUAAUAUCAUUCCAAACAGACUAAAAUUUAAUCUGAAUGCGUUUCGCAAUCUCAAGACGCUUAAGUUCUCAGCCUUGUCCACGGAAAACAUCGUAGACAUCGAACUUCUAAAGCCGACUCUUCAGACAAUCUGUGUCCACAAUACAACCAUACAGAACAUAAACCAAGUGCUGCUCUGCGAUAAUCUGCACAAGCACUGUGAUGUGCCGAGCCUGCUGCCAGAGACAAUUACUGCAUCGUCAUCUAAUUCUGUUUCUCCUACUUCUAAUGGCAGUGUCUUAGUCAGUGCGGACGCGUGGCAAGAGAUAUCAGAACUGGAUCUCACUGGCAACCUGCUUACUCAAAUCGAUGGCAGCGUGAGAACAGCUCCAAGACUGAGACGACUGAUACUGGAUCAGAAUCGAAUUCGAACCGUCCAAAAUCUUGCCGAGCUUCCCCAUUUGCAGUUGCUUUCUUUGUCCGGAAAUCUGAUAGCAGAGUGCGUCGAUUGGCACCUAACGAUGGGAAAUCUCGUCACUCUAAAGCUGGCUCAAAAUAAAAUCGCGAACCUAAGUGGUCUGAGGAAAUUGCUUUCACUGGUUAAUUUGGAUCUAAGCUCAAAUCAGAUUGAAGAGCUCGAUGAAGUUGAUCAUGUCGCCAAUCUUCCGCUCCUAGAGACUCUUCGACUAACUGGUAAUCCUCUGGCAGGCAGUGUCGACUAUCGUCCCCGUGUAUUGGCCCGAUUCCACGAACGUGCUGCUGAAAUAUCUCUGGAUAAUGAACCUGGCAAUCAGCAGGAGCUGGACACUGCUCUAGUCUUGUCCGCUCUACUGCAAUCUAAGCAACGACAGCAACAGAAAUGAUUCUUGUCUCACAAGAAAGUUCUUGAUAUUGCAACUUUACAAAUCUCUCAAAGAAUAUCUCACCUUAUUCCAAACGUAUUAUUGAUUAAUUUUUCCUUUGAUAACCCCCAAACAAAUAUCGCUAUGUAAAGGUUGUGGACUUUUCAAAAAUUGGAGAUUUUAGUUAUUGAUAUUUCCCUUGUUUAGGCGUAAUUAUAACUUAUUUUCUGUGUCUUGUAUAUUUCCACACGUUUUCAGUAAAUUUGUAUGUUUUUUGUCCGCCCUAAGUGCAAUAAAUCCAAUGCUCACCUCCAAAUAAAUAGUUAAGUAAAUAAAUAAAUUAUAUUAUAUAUCCUGACAAAAACUAUGAAUAAUGAUUGACC